UAGACACUCUCUGUGUGCAUGUGCAAUACCGUGUGCAUGUUACAUUGGCUGUUUUGCCAAUCACACAUGGUAUGCGAAACACAUGCAUGAGGGCAGAGCUUCCUUUCACACAUCACUAUACCUAAGAGAGAAGAGAACAGCCCACACCAGGCGCCAUCACCUCAAGCAAGUCCACAUUCAAACAGAAACCACAUCAUUGCUCGAACAGGAGAGUGUGUCAGCCUGCUGUUUACAGAGGAGUGUGAAGCUGCUGGAGCAUGUGUGUGCUGGUGGUAACUCCUGGCUCUGACCUCGCCUCACCAUGCUGUUUAUAGAGGGACAAACACAAGGUAUUAUGGGUGUCUGAGUAAAUUCAAAUGACUCUGAAUACAUCUGGAAGUUUGGAGGAGUCCUUGGCAAACUCCUCAGAAUGUGGCCACAAUUUGACCCAGUGGGACGAGCGCAUGGAGAAGAUGUACACCUACUUCUACCUGCUGCUCUUCAUCCCCGGGCUGCUGCUUAAUGCCACUGCUCUCUGGGUCCUCUGCAGACAUAUUAGUAAGAAGACAAAGGCGGUGAUCUUCAUGAUAAACCUGACAUUAGCAGACCUGGCCCACAUCCUCUCUCUGCCACUCAGGAUAUUUUACUACUUCACACACAAUUGGCCCUUCGGACGAGGCAUCUGCUUGUUCUGUUUCUACCUGAAAUAUCUCAACAUGUAUGCCGCUAUAGUAUUCCUGGUAUGCAUCAGUGUGCAGAGGUGUGUGUUCCUGCUCGACCCGUUCUCUGCUCGCCGGUGGAGGCGGCGCUAUGAUCUUCUGAUCAGUUUAACAGUGUGGGUGGCGGUAGGCCUGGCCUGCUCGCCUUUCAUUCUGAUGCGAAGCAGCACUACCAGUCCCACCAAAGGUAGUGGUCCCAUUCCCACCACAACAUCCAUUUAUCUGGAUGCCAUUUCUACCCAGAAUCCCUUAGAUUACUCCAGGCUUCAUACGUCAUCUACAAGUGGCACAACGUCAGACUCCAGUUCCAGUCCUACCUGUUUUAAAGACCUGCCCAUGCGUCGUCUGUCCAUAUCUCUAGCGGUUACCAUGAUGGCUUUUGCUGAGCUGUUUGGCUUCGUGAUUCCUUUCAUCUGCAUCAGUUACAGCUCCAUCCGCAUCGCCCGGUCCCUCUACCAAAGCCAGGAUAAGCAAAACUCGACCACUCUCGACCCCUCAGCACGCAACCGACUCCAGUCUGUCACCUCCAUUGGCCAGACAGAAAAAUGUAAUCAGCAGCAGACAAAUGGUGAGAAGCGUCGUGCUCUACGGAUGGUGCUGAGUUGCUCUGCCCUCUUCUUGUUCUGCUUUGCCCCCUACCACGUCAACUUCCUGCUCUACCUGAUGGUGUCGCAAGACAUUGUGUCCCAUUGUGCAACAAAGCUGGUUGUGCAUCAGUUCCACCCGGUGUCUCUGUGCCUGGCAAGCAUGAGCUGCUGCCUCAACCCUGUCCUUUAUUACUUUCUAACAGCUGAGUUCAGACAGCACCUCACCAAGCGCACCUCUUCCUUCACCACAUCACUCCUCUCCUCCCCGAUCAGCUCACCAACCCAACGUCCUGCACAGGCCAGAAUGAUGAGAAUGGAGAGUAGCUGCUCAGACAGAGAGUGUUGUUAUUCAGACGUGUUGGACAAUGAGGAUACAAACUGACCUUGAUGUGUGUUGUGAGAAAGCUCCUGUUGGACAUUGCUUUAGAACUUUUCAAAGAAGAAGCAUUUUAAAGUCUGACAUUGUGGGCUUCCUUUCAGACAAAGUUUGUCUUGUUAGUUUCACCCAUUUCCUGGAUGCCUGUGAGAUCGUGUGAGAUUAUGUUAUUUGAUUUCAGAGAUGUUCAACAAUCAAGCCAAGACAGUCUAACACUGAUGUUUGAUACAACUUACACCAAAUACAUCCAAAAGGUCUGUCCUAUGCUGAUCUUGGGGUCUUGUUCAUGAGUGAGGCUAAAAUGGAGCGGGAGGUUGACAGUUGGCUCAGGGCAGCGUGUACUGGUCUGUCGUGGUGAAGAGAGAGCUGAGCUGAAAAGGCAAGGCUCUCGAUUUUCCAGUCAAUCUACAUUCCAACUCUCACCUAUAUGAUCGCGAGCCGUGGGUAGUGAUCAAAAGAACAAAAUCGCCAAUACAAGCGGCUGAAAUCAGUUUUCUCCACAGGGUGGCUGGACUCUGCCUUACAGAUAGGGUGAGGAGCUUGGACAUCCAGGAGGCGCUCAGAGUAGAGCUGCUGCUCCUUUGCAUUGAGAGGAGCCAGUUGGACUAUACUAUUUUUCAAAAUUUCAUUCACUGGGUCCCUGAAACUGUUUGGAGUCCCCCAGGGGAGGCACACAGCCCCCUUUAUAAACCUCUGCUUUAGAACAAAUAUUCCACAACUGAAAUGACAAGGGAAAUGAGAGCACACAAUAUCAAUGUGAAUAGUUGCCUAAUGUACGUAACAUAUAACUUGUUCAGCAAAAAUAAAUAAGCUUUAUCAGAUUGUCAAGGCUGUAUGUAAAUGCAUGUGACUGCACUGUAAAUAAAAGCAAUCCUGCGCUUUUUUUAUCUUA